UUAUUUGGGCUGGUUAAGGCCGCUUGAGGCCAGCUUUGUGUCAGAUAUUGACGCCCCGGAAGAUUACUGGCCAUUCCGAUUGGAGCUGUCGAAUGACAUCCGUAGCACGGCGAAAGCCAGCGUUGCUGGGAACUCCCCUUGACUAGCAGAAGGGGGAAACGCGGACGAACGCGAUGCUCCUAUCUCCAUGACCGGGUAAUCCUCGGAAGAACUUCGGUCUCCCGUCUGACUACCAAGGAUUUUGUAUUACUGCAAGGAGAAUUGUCGGUCGUCAUGUGAAAGGUCUAUGAACGCCCCUGAUCCGACUAGUGGAGCUUAUAAGAGUCAACUACUUGCACCCCUUUCCACUGACCAAUCAUACUGAUGCCUCCGUCAGAUAUCGCCAAUGUGGACGUCGACAAACUCGUCGGAGAACUGACAACAGAGGAAGCUAUACUCGUGACGGCAGGCGUUGGCUUUUGGCAUACUCAUGAUGUUCCUCGCCUAGGCGUACCUGCUAUCAAGGUCAGCGAUGGCCCAAACGGUAUCAGGGGUAAUCACUUCUUCAUGAGCACUCCUGCGAAGUGUUUGCCAAGUGCAACCGCUCUCGGCGCAACGUGGGACCCCGAACUUAUCGAGCAGGUCGGCCUGAAGUUGCUGUCCAACGAAGCGAAACUCAAGGCUGCGUCUGUUAUCCUUGCCCCAACAUGCAACAUUCAAAGAAACCCUCUAGGAGGCAGGGCCUUUGAAAGCUUCUCUGAGGACCCAACGCUGUCUGGGCUUAUUGCCGCCGCGUACGUGAAAGGCAUCCAGAGGGGAGGUAUAGGCGCCACAAUCAAACAUUUUGUCUGCAAUGAUAUGGAAAAUGACCGGAUGGGUUACGACAGCAUCCUCAGCGAGCGAGCCCUUCGGGAAAUAUACCUGAUGCCAUUCAUGCUCGCUCAAAAAUAUGCUAAGCCUUGGUGCUUCAUGACUGCCUAUAACCGUGUCAAUGGUAUUCAUGCCCCUGAAAAUCGGUAUUUGCUGCAGGAUGUUCUCCGAAAGGAGUGGAAAUUCGAUGGAUUAAUCAUGAGCGACUGGUUUGGCAUGUAUAGUGUCGACCAUGGCAUCAACGCCGGACUGGAUUUGGAGAUGCCGGGUAACAACAAAUGGCGGACACUUGAUCUUAUGAGCCGGUCCAUCGCUUCACGCAAAUUGACCGUUCGCACCAUCAAAGAACGCGCGAGGAAGGUUAUUGAGCUUGUGAAGCGUUCUGCACUGGAGGCUCCGGAGAUUUUGGACGGGGAUGGAGUAGAGCGCACCUUUGCGAGCGAUGAAGAGAAGCAGCUGAUGCGCGAACUUGCUUCGGAAACCAUCGUUCUACUUAAGAAUGACCGCAAUCUCCUUCCUUUGCAGCCGGCUAAGUUAAAAAAGGUUGCCAUUGUUGGGGGAAAUGCUAAAGCUGUAGUCCUUUCUGGAGGAGGCUCUGCUUCUCUCAAACCCUCUUAUUUCGUGUCGCCUUAUGACGGAAUUGUCAACUCUCUACCGCCAGAUGUUGAAGUGAGGUAUAGCGAGGGGGCAACCUCAUACAUGGAGAUGCCAACACUCGACUACGACCUUACAACACCCUCUGGAGAGCGCGGUUGGAUUGGCUCUUGGUACAGGCACGAGAAUGACGACAACAUGACCCUGGCACCUACUCCAAUCGAAACCCGGUUGAUAGAUGAAACGCGUGUUUUCAUCAACACUUCCACGCCAGAAGGUAUCACAAGACGAUGGUCCUUGAAACUCGAGGGUCUCCUGAAACCCAGACCACGCGACUGCAUUUUCGAGUUCGGCUUAACAGUUGCAGGAAGGGCCAAGCUGUUCGUUGAUGGGCAACUUGUGAUUGACAACUGGACUCGGCAACAACGAGGCGGAGCCUUCUUUGGUUCUGCCACCAUUGAAAAGAAGGGCCGAGUCAAAUUGAAGGCUGGCGUCCAGUACAACAUCUUGGUGGAAUUCUGUAAUAUUCGUGGUCCUGCUGAUGGGGACGAGGAUGAAACAGUAUUGGACAGUAAUGCCGGUGUCCGUCUGGGGGGUGCGGAGGUUCAGGACUCGGAUGAUCUGCUGGCGGAAGCUCUCCAAGCAGCCAAGGAAGCGGAUGUCGUCAUCGCCGUCGUCGGACUCAACGCGGACUGGGAAACGGAAGGCUACGAUAGAAAGACGUUGAGCUUGCCCGGGCGGACCGACGAACUGGUGGCUAAAGUCGCAGCAGUCAACCCAAAUACAGUCGUGGUUACCCAAUCGGGGUCUUCGAUUGCGCUUCCGUGGGCAGAUACCGUACCAGCUAUCGUACAUGCCUGGUACCUGGGAAACGCUACGGGAGAUGCGAUAGCUGACGUUCUCUUUGGGAAGAAGAAUCCAUCCGGCAAACUUUCACUGACCUUCCCGAAGCGGCUUGAGGACAUACCUUCUCAUGGUCACUUCAGUUCAGAAAAUGGAAUAGUCCGGUACGCUGAAGAUUUAUUUGUCGGGUACAAACAUUACAUCCAUAGAGGGAUCGCUCCUCUGUUCGCCUUUGGGCAUGGUCUUUCGUACACUAGCUUCUCGUACUCUGACCUGAAGUUGUCCGAGCCGGUCGUAACCGAUGGGGAUUUCAGCCUCGCCGCUUCUCUGACAUUAACCAAUACUGGUAGCGUGUCCGGAUCGGAAAUUGUUCAGCUUUACGUCUCGAUGCCCCUUACUUCGCAUCUUGCCCACCCCAAGUUAGUACUUCGGGCUUUCAGCAAGGUUAAGGACUUGACCCCUCGGGAGAGCCGGACGGUCACGCUGAACCUGGACAAGUACGCUGUUUCGUACUGGGAUGACAAUAUAUCACGAUGGGUUAUUGGAGGCGGAGAGUACGGAGUUUCUGUGGGACCCAGCAACGAGAGCUUGCCUCUAACGGCGACAUUUGUGGUAUCCAAGGGUCUUGAGUGGAACGGUUUAUGAAGGAGAUGUGACGGUCGAAUAUUCCAAUGUGUUGUAUGAUAACAGUCUGAGGACCUGAAGAUAUGUAUGAUACUUGAAGUACCGCCCGAAAAGCCGAGAAUCAGUUCUGGACACAGAACAGACGUCCACGAUGGUCUAA